GAACAGCUCAAGACCAGACGCAGUGCGCGCAUGGACACGGAUGGGAUAUUGGCAACAUUACGCAGCAGGAGAGUGAUGGAAAGUACCGACCAGAGUCGAUAGUGGGUGAACUUAUAAGGCAAUUGGCUUGCAAGUAUGUAUUAUGCGCACCAAAUUGUUUUCUUUCCCCCGCAGUCGAUUCUGUAGCCUAUCUUUCAGAACCGCUAUAAAGUCACGACGAAGAAUGAAGAAACACUGAAAAAUGUAGCCAAUUGAGAUAUUCAAAGCUGCACACGAGUGUACAAAGUCCUCAGCGCAACCCGAAGCCGGUCUUUCAUUUUUUUUUGUCCAAGAGGAAAGAACAUGAUUCCACCAGCUAACAUCAUGCAAGACGAGAGUUUGGGCAAGGAGAACGAGCGCGAGCAGCACGAGACGCCCAGCGCGAGUCAACAGGAGACAAAGGUAGUGGUACCCAAGAAGAUGCAGAAGUUGAAGCGCUCCCUCUCCUUCAAGACCAAGAGCAUGCGCAGCAAGAGCGCUGACAACUUCUUCCAGCGCAACAACAAUGACGCCAAGUUAUCGACGGAGCUGCUCUCUGACAACAGCAGCAGCACGUGCCAACUGAGCGUGAUCGGGGUGGCGGUGGCCCAUCCCGUCCAUCCCAUCCAACCUGUCCAACCUGUCCACCCUGUCCACCCCAUCCACCCUGUUCACCCCGUCCACUCAGUCCACCCCAUCCACCAUGCCCCCCCUCUCUCAACCUCCAACCUGGUGAUCUCUAAUGCGCCCCCGGCCAUCCCGUGUGCUCCCCCUUCCUUGGUCUAUUCCCCGGGACGCCACCCCCUUGCCAUCGACCCCACUGGACAUGGCUUCAUGGAGCACAUCUUCAAGAAGCCCACCUUCUGCGACGUCUGCAACCACAUGAUCGUAGGUACCACCUCCAAGCAUGUGGUGAUGCUGGCAGGCAACACGGCCAAACAUGGCCUCCGCUGCAAAGCCUGCAAGAUGAGCAUCCACCACAAGUGUGAGAAAGGAGUGGGAUCUCAACGCUGCCAAGGCAAGCUGCCAAAGGGCUUUCGAAGGUACUACAGCUCCCCACUGCUGAUAACGGAGCAAUUUGGCUGCAUCAAAGAAGUCAUGCCCAUUGCUUGUGGCAGUAAAGUGGACCCUGUAUAUGAAGCUCUCCGGUUUGGGACCUCUCUGGCACAGAGGGACAAGAGGGCCAGUGUCUCCGAGUCCCCCCACAGGAACUCUACCAGUGACUUAGCCCAGGUUCCAGAGGAGGACGAUGCUCACAGCAGUCGACAUGAACUCACCAGGAAGCACAGUGAUAAUGUGUUCACAUCACUUGAGAAUGGGACGGAGCCCAUUCCCUAUUGCCACGUAGCUGAGAGGAAACCUGAUGAUUCACCGGAGAGGAAAUGGCUGCAGAAGGACACACUUCAGCUCAACACCUAUGUUGCUUUGUUUACAUUCACUCCCCAGGAGAGUGAAGACCUGGAGAUGAGACCCGGAGACAGAAUCGUACUGGCAGACGACUCCAAUGAUGACUGGUGGAAGGGCAUGAUCGAGGACAGGAUCGGUUUCUUCCCAGCAGCCUUUGCUCACCAGGUGAAGACCGGAGACAGAGUGUUCAGGUGUCACCGGACGUUUAUCGGCUGUAAGGAGCAAGGCCAGAUCACUCUGAAGGAGGGCCAGAUUUGUGUAAGCGGUGAGGAUGAACACAGUGGCUUCAUCCGAGUGGCCAGUGGAAAGAAGAGAGGCUACGUGCCCUGUGAUGUCCUGGAAAACAUCUGAGAGCGAGAGAGAGAAAUAGAGAGUGCUGGAGAGAGAUAACGAGAGGAAGAGAAGGAGAGAGAGGAGGGAGGAGAGGCACAGUGGCACACUCCCAUGAUGCGCAGGAAUGGCUCUGACAGUAGCACUGAUUAGAUGCCAACCUCAGGCGUUAGGGAGAGGACCAUUCUUCCCACAAAAUGGCCGCCUGAAACCAUGGAGGAAAUCCUCUGAGCUGUGGAUCCAAAAUAUUUCUGUUGCCAUUAAGGGAAUAGCUUUGUCAGAGUCAGAGCCAACCUUCCUCAUUCCCUUUUAGCCUGAAGGGGAAAAUGUUGCGACGGAUCAGAUAACCUGACUUUGUGGUCACAGGGACUCAGAGUGGGGAGUGGGGUGAUUGCAUCUCUGGAUUUGGUUAGAUUUUUAUUCCGAUUUUGUUUGAUUUUUAGGACAGCUGAGCAUUGUUUGUUCUUUGUGGGAUUUCCCAGUGGAGAAUGCAGGUGACGCAUCAUGCAUGAAUAUACUGAAUGUACUCGUGUGUCUACUACUGAGACAGAGAGAGCAAGGAAAGCUACUUUCGGCAACUUUCUUUAUCCAUACAUUCUUGCUUAUUUAGCAUCAGCUGCAGUAUGUUUGAACCACUUGUUUAACCUAAAGCCCAAAUGUUCAAGCACUUGUUCUCUAUAGCCGAAGAUUCUGUUCUGAAAUAAUCAAAUCAUAUUUUAUUCACUUACGCUAACUUUGACGCAAGCAGUUGAGGUUACAAACAGCAUAUUAAUCAAAAGCAUAGAAGAUAAGUCCCUUUUCUUCUAUGCUCGUAUGAUCGCUCUACUGAGUCUUGAUAGCCUCAAGCUCACAACUACAGACCCAUUCUCCCAAGAAUCCGUCCCUCUGUGAUACAAAACAUUCCAUACAUUGGAUUUGUCACUGGAGAGGAACAACAAAAAUAAUUAGACGAAACAGAAAUGUAUCAAGAUUUCUGAGGUAGUAUUGUUCAAAGGAGAAACAUAUUUUGCACAAAUCUAGUGAUGUUCCUAGUCUAGCUGCUUAUCCAUCCACAUUUGCGUUUAAAAAAUGACACCACAAAAGGACUACAAACCUGUCAAACAGAUUUUGUGAAUAUUUCAAAACAAUGAAUAUCUAAUUUGCAACUUAGUCUGGUGAUGAUGUUCUCUUCGGGUAACUCAUCAUGACAUUGUUUCUUGAUGUGUUUUAUAAAGGAUAAUGGAUUUGAUGAGAAAUUAUGUGAAUUUAGGAAGCGGGCAAGCUCUAACAAGUGGUUAGAUCAAUUGUUUUUGAAUAUAUGUCAUAAAAUCUGCAUACCUGUUGUAGUGGCUUGGUGUGGUAUCUAAUAUACAUUUCGACACAAUUACAUUAAAUUCUAUACACCAUAACAAGUAAACCAAAACAAGUUAUAUACAUUAUUUUCUUUUACAAAUGGCUUUUUACACCUGUUAUUGUCAAGAUAUUUGAUCAGAGAAGCUUCAAUGCAUGAGCUACUUGAAAUCCAGCUUUGAUUUACAUUCAUGUAUGCUUGCUCCAAUUGCACUAAAUGGUCACUCAGAUAUGGCUAUUCACGUUAAACAAUGUAAACCCAUUUUUGAUUGAAUCAAGACGUAACUAUCCCUUUAAUGUCACGAUGUAUGACACACUCCUGUUCAAUUCCUUUCUCUUGAGGAAUAGCAAUAUUCUUUGAGGAUUUCUUGAUCAUCCUCAUGUAUAUUUGUUUUCUGUUCAAAUAUUAUUAUGAACUGUCAACGGAAAGGUAUGGUAGUAAAUGCGUCUCUCUAUAAGUUCAUCUAAGCUGCACUGAAACUCCGUGAACUUUCAAUAAAUUCCCUAGUUUUCCCGAAAUCCCAGUUGGAGGAUUUUGGGAAUAAGAAGACAAUUAGCAGGAAAUAUGGAAUCUUCCAACUAGGAUUUCUGGGAAACCAGGGAAUAUAUUGAAAGUUCCUGAAAUGUUGCAACCAUAGUCAAAGACCACUGUAUUGUAUAGAUUGUAUGCACAGAAUAAAAAAUACAUUGAUUAGAAUUUUUAAAAAUCAAAUGUAUCAAUUUAUUAUCGCCGUUUGGGGAAACUAUUUACAGAAUAUAUAAAGCACUGUCCUUAACUCGAGAUAGAUAGCUUUGUCUUCAUACUCAGAACACAGAAAACAUCACAGUCAUGUAUGCCUGUGCUGACUAUACAUUGAAGUAUAAAGGAAGUUAGAGGUAGUUUCGCGAGCCUAUACUAACUAGCUUUGGCGCAGAUACCCAUAGACUUCCAGUCAUUGCGCUAAUGCUAGUUAACGUUUUCUUGUGAAACUACCUUUAACUUCCUUCAUGCUGGACAUAGCGACAUAAAAAUGGUAUCCACCAGUAUGACCUCCAAUAUAAUACUAGCUAAGACAAGCCUUGGUUAACCUGGGGCCUGCUUAUGAGGACCCGUCUACCGUGAUGAAGAGGCUGCUUCCCCCCUCGUCCUCACCUACUUCCCCCUCUGCAGCUCCAUACACAUUUUCCACAUGAGAACAAAGAAAGGGAUGCACAUUCCCUCAUUACAAUUAUAAAUAAUAUGGGAAUCACGUUGAUAUUUUCUGGAAAUACUGAUGCUCUACCUUCACAAUAAAAAUUGAAAUAUAUUUCCCUUUGAAAUCUCUGGUAAUAAAAUGUUGAAUAGCUCACACGGUAGAACUGUUGACAACUACAUGCCAUGUAGCCAUCUAGACUGAUCACAUAUUUUAUGCAGAAGAACACCCUCUACUGACAGCAUUGUGCAUUGUGUUCUCAUAAUUAUACUGCAACAUCCUGUAGCAUCAAAACGCAAUAGUCACCAAGUCACUGAGUGAUACAGUUUUCCAUGUCUUUUUACACAUCUGUCACAAACUAUUCAUAAAGCCCUACACAGACAGCCGUGCCUUUGA